UCAGCAGUCAUCUGGUCACAGCGGCUGAUCACUGACAUCCUGGACCACUCAUGAUCUUCACACAUGAUCGUUAAUUCAUUUACAGUCUUGGACAAAAUUCUGGAAAACAAAAAAUCCGCAUGCAUUUUUUAUUUCCCACACAGAAGUUCCUUUGUGCGACUGGAAAGAGCGAGCGCUUUGCUUGAUGGGAUACAAAAGGCACAAGUUUACGCCUGUCAGCUGGAUUUAAACAGCCAUUGAGCAACACAGUGGCUGAAUGAGAGAAGCUCCAGUUAUGGACAAAUCAACUCAAUGGUGACUUUGACCUUAAACCAAUUUUCGGGAUUUGUUGGAAACGCUUUUAUAGUCAAAUCAAAUCAAAAAGAUAUGGACUCUAUUGCGAACACCAUGCAGAACAAGGCUGAGGAGCUGGAGCGCAUGGCUGAAGUCCUCAUUACAGGCGAGCAGUUGAGACUGCGGCUUCAUGAGGGCAAAGUCAUCAAAGACCGGAGACAUCAUCUCCGUACCUACCCCAACUGCUUUGUGGCUAAGGAGCUUAUUGAUUGGUUGAUUGAACACAAGGAGGCCUCAGACAGAGAUAUGGCCAUCAAAAUCAUGCAGAAGUUGCUGGACCAGAGCAUCAUUCAUCAUGUUUGUGAUGAGCACAAGGAGUUCAAAGACAUGAAGCUGUUUUACCGCUUCAGGAAAGAUGAUGGAACGUUUCCUCUGGACAGCGAGGCUAAAGUUUUCAUGAGAGGCCAAAGGAUAUAUGAGAAAUUGAUGAAUGUAGAGAACAACCUAAUCAAGACACGUGAGGAGGACAGCAUUCCCUAUGAGCGGACACUGGUCGCUUCUGAGUUUAUUGACUGGCUCUUGCAGGAGGGGGAAAUAGCCACCAGAGAGGAGGCAGAGCAACUUGGGCGGAGAUUGCUGGAGCAUGGAAUUAUUCAGCAUGUCACCAACAAGCACUACUUUUCGGACGGUGACCUCCUGUUUCAGUUCCGGACGAAUUUCCGACGGCGGCGACGACUAAUGGAGCUGCUGAAUGAGCGGACACGUGUGAUUCCAGAGAGCCAUGACAGCCCGUUCUGCCUGCGCAAACAGAACAUGGAGGGCAGCACCAACAGCUUCCUCUCUGUGAGCCCCACUAAAGAGAUUAAGGUGCUGUCUGCAGUGAGGCGCAGCAGUAUGAGCAGUAGCUGUGGCAGCAGUGGGUAUUACAGCAGCAGUCCCACUCUGAGUAGCAGUCCUCCUGUGCUUUGCAACCCCAAAUCUGUGCUGAAAAGACAAGUAAGCCCAGAGGAGCUGCAGUCUCCAGGAGGCCUCUUCAUAAAGAAGACAUUCACAAUCAUGGGUGAUGCGGUGGGAUGGGGUUUUGUAGUCAGAGGAAAUAAACCCUGCCACAUCCAGGCUGUUGACCCCAGUGGCCCUGCUGCUGCAGCAGGGAUGAAGGUGUGUCAGUUUGUGGUGUCAGUCAACGGGCUGAAUGUGUUGAAUCUGGACUACAGGACCGUCAGUAACCUCAUCCUCACAGGACCCAGGACCGUGGUCAUGGAGGUCAUGGAGGAGUGUCAGUGAAAACCUGUUGAUGGAAUCUUCAGCAGAAUGUUCUAGAGAAAGACAGAGAUCCAGUCAUCAUAUUUCACGUCACUGGUUUUAUCGCUAUUACAUCUAAAUUUGAGUUCGGUGACACCGCUUCCUGUUUGUGCAUCAUAUCAUCCUCCAAGAGACUCAUUAUGAGGCUAUGACGAUGAAGGGAAAAAGGGAAGUGUCAUGUGUCAUGUCAUGCCAUUGUAACAAACGAUGUACAGAUUGGAGAAAUUGUUCUGCAUAGACUUAAGAUAUGCUUCUAAAAUACGGGAAUCCAAUUAUAAACAUUUUCUGUGACCAAUAGCUUUGUUCGGGCUUGAGUGAUGUUUAUGUGUAGCUGAGCAAGGCUAACAAUAACUUACUGUAGUGUUGCAGUGCGGUCGAAUAUGGCUAACAAAGUGUCAUUUCCACACAUUUUCAGGGCUAGUGUCAAUAUUCUGAGACACCCAAACGUUUUUUAUUAGGAUCUAAAAGGGAAAAGCUUUACCGUGGCAGUGUCUGAAAUAUGUUUUUUUUUUCAUCCGUAAAAUUUAAUGAAGAAAAAUGUUGACAUUCAAAAGAAGAGCACUUAUAUCUAUGUUUUUGUAGGUAAUUAUACUGUAGGACUCGUGUAAAAACAUCAUCAUGUAACCAGUAUUUACACUGCAAAAAUUUUUUAUCAUACUGCAUUGAAAAAUAUCUUGAAAAUAAUAAAUUGACUUAUUAUAUUGACUACUUAUUAUAAAAUUACAAUUAACCAAUAUAAGAUUUCAAGCUUUAUUAUUAGCAGAUAAUUUUGCUUCUUUCUAGAAAUAAAUGCUACACAUGAGCAAAAAGUAUCUGCCGAUAGAACAAGACUUUUACUUUUUUCAGAUCGAUCAAGAUAUUUUCAAGAUAUUUCCACUUGCUAUGAUGACAAAUUUUACAGUGUAUUAAAAGUGAAAGCGCCUGAUAGGCAACUGGGAGGCUUUUUUAAAGCUUUUUUUCAUAAUGUGAAACAUACAGUAGCAAUAGUGGAAAAUCUUUUAAUAUUAACGUUCCUGUAUUUAUUUCAUUUAUUAAGUCACACAUGUUAAACCUAGCUUUAACACUCCAAGUAAUUUAAUUAUAACUGUUAAAUAUAAUGGCAGUGACUAAAGUCCAAAGAAAUUAGCAGAAAUAUAAAUUACACCAUGCCCCUAAAUAUUGACAUUUUACAGAAGUCUAGAUGUGAAAACUGAAGGUUGCUACUAACUAGUAACAUGCUGGUUUAUUUGUUUAACAGCCACAUCAUGUUUUUUUUUGUUUGUUUUUUUUUUGUACAGUGUAUUAAGGCUGAAAAUCGUAUUAGUUCAGGAAACAUUUAUGUAAAAGAUUACCUCAAUAAUCAAUGUUCUAAAUAUUAAUAAUAAUAAUAUAUUAUAGCCAUAUUGUCUGAUGUCUUAAAAAUGAUCAGUAAUAUAGUAUUUGUUGUCACUUGCCAAAAUAUGCAAGUGUAGCCUGCUAUGAAACGCACAUUUUUUUUUUAGAAAUGAUUUUAAUAGUUUGGAAAUGUAGAAUGAAAUCUGAAUCAGUUCAGUGCAUGAGAUUAGGUGGAAGUAGCGUGUGCUAACAAUUAAAAAAACUAUUAGGGGAAAUUAGCAGCAUUUGACUCACAAGAAUGAUUCAUACUAAGCUUAAAUAAAUUAGUGGAUCCAUCCAAUAAAUUUAGACAGCCGAUCUAUUUCCGGUCCAUAUUCCACAUCUCACAUACGGUGGAUUUGUAAUGAUGUUCCUUGUUCAGUUGAUGACUCAUCCUGGAAAUAUUGGUAUCACAGAUGGCACUGAAUUUGCAGUGCUUUUUGCCUUAAUGUCAUUUAUUUUGCUGCUAAUCCUCAUGGCUGGUGACCACCUAACUCUCUUCACCAAACGUGGAUACUUUUUGUCUCAAGAGCUCUAUAUGAUGUAGGUGUUUUACUGAUUCUUACUGACAAUCAGCUUCCUAUUUCUGGGAAUAAGCACUCAAACUAUCAAGCAUGUUUCCCCAGGCACAUUAGGGGUAUAGACUGAGAAUUGAUAUAAAAGUAGAAGCUCACGAGUGCAUAAAAUGUACAGAUACAUCACAAAAAUGUUUUAUACACUAAAAGUGCAUCUAUCUAAGGGAAAUAAGCUGAAGGGUUUGUUUUUUUGUUGUUGUUGUUGAAAAAUCACACCAUGUAUGUUGAAAUGUUUUUAUUAAACACAUUGAUUUGAA